ACUUAACAGAAAACAUUACGGUAGACGAACUACGAUCCAUCCAAGCUACUCUAGCAGAGAUUAAAAGUGAAAUGAUAAGAAAAUCUGACGUUAAGGAAAUCAUUGCCCAAAUGAAACAUGAAAUCAAGCAGGAGGUGAAGGAGGAUAUUAAACAAGAAAUGCAACAAUACUUGACUGAUAGACUCAGCCUCCUGAGCGAGAAAAUAGAUGCCCUAUAUCUGGAAAACGAAUCCCUGCGUGAGAAACUCUCCAAACAAAUCAGUGACACAAGGAAGUCCCUUGACAACCUAAAAGAAACCAGCCAUUUGGCGAAAACAGCUGUGAGAAUGGCAAACCACAACCAGCAGUAUUCGCAGAAAAACAACAUUAAGUUUUUAAACUGGCCGGAAAAACCAAAAGAAGACCUGAGGAGAGACCUCUGCCGCAUCCUGAAGGAAAAGGUGAAUGUGGACAUAAGCCCCGCCUCAAUUCUGGGAAUCCACAGAAUACCAGGUAACAGCGGUGGCGCAAGACCCGUUAUAGCCAAAUUCGUUAACACCGAGGAAAAAACGAAAGUUAUCAAGCAUAGACAAGCACUGAAAGGUAACUUUAUAAUGUUCGAUCACAUUACUCAGAAAAAUGCUGAGUUGAUCAAAAUUCUAAAAGGUAAAGAAGCUGUACAUUCAGCCUGGUACUUCAAUGGCAGAAUAUUUGCCAUAAGAAAUGACGGUCGCCGAUAUACAUUCGACAUAUUCGACGAUAUCGACACCAAAUUAAAACAAUAAGCCUGAAAAUGAACUUUAUACGGACACUGAAAUUUUGGACAAUAAAAAUCAAUGUAAAACUGAAAGUAGUUAUAAACAGCAGAGCGGUAACUGUUAGCUAGCCGCUCUAGCAUCAAAUUAUUAUUAUCAUUAUUAUUAUCAUUAUUUUUUUUAAUUACUAGUUAUUAGUACUAUCCUGUGUAUGUGUGUGUUUUCGAUAGUUUGUCUUGGUGUGUAUGUCAAUUCUGGUAGAAUGGGUACAAGUGGUCUAUUGUAUGCGUGGGUGGAUGGAAGUGAAUUUGAUAAUGCAUUAUAUAGUAUAACCGAUAUAUAUGUAGUUAAGUUAUCCCUAUUAGUUUGCAACAACGAAACACUUAGAUUUGAUACCUCAGUACGAUUGCUUUACCUACACUUAGAAUAUGACUGUGCGAUGUAAAUUUAUUUUCUGUCGUAUAUACAUAUGCGGCAGAAACCUGGUAGAUAUACACAGAUCAAAUCAAAUAUUAAAAUAUGCUCAGUAAAUUGUAGGGGUCUUGGGGACCGAAAUAAGCGGUUAGAUGUGUUCAAUUUCUUGCGGAAGAAAUCCUUUUCCAUCUACUGUUUACAAGAUACUCAUAGUACAUUAUCUAUGGAAAAAUAUAUAGCAGCUGAAUGGGGUUUUAAAUGCUUUUUCAGUCAUGGAACCUCUAAUUCAAGAGGAGUUGCAAUACUGGUUAACAAUAAUUUUGAAUAUAAAAUUAAGGAGGUUGAGAAAGACACUAACGGAAACUUUAUUGCUCUUAGUAUGAUAGUAGAUGAAAAAGACAUUUCACUCAUAAAUCUGUAUGGUCCCAAUAAUGAUUCACCUGAAUUUUUCUUAAAAAUACACGAGACAAUAAUGAAUUUUGGAAAUCAGGAUCAUAUUAUCUGUGGGGACUUUAACUUAGUAUUAAACCAAGAGAAGGACACAUAUAACUAUAAACAUAAAAAUAACCCCAAGGCCUCUAAUCAACUUUAUACCUUGAUGGAAUUACAUAACUGGCACGACAUAUGGAGGGAAAUGCAUGAGGAUGUUAGACAGUAUACAUGGCGGCAGCCUACGCCUUUUAAACAGGCAAGGUUAGAUUAUUUUAUUGUUUCCACAACCAUUACAAAUUAUAUCGAAGAUAGUCAGAUUAUUCCAGGUUAUAAGAGCGACCACUCCAUUAUAACUCUGGACUUACAGUUAAAAAGGAAAAUUAAACACGGAAAAGGUUUUUGGAAAUUCAAUAACUCCCACUUAUAUGAAAGUGAGUAUGCCGAUAUGGUAAAGCAGAUAAUCAAUGAAACUAUCUU